AUACUAAUACCAACAGGGCAUUCAACAUGAGGUGUGUGCAGGUACAGAUAGGAUGCAUUACCAAAGGAGAAAUGCUACAUCCGACGUUAUAGAAAAGGACAUGCAUUUUUGGAAAUGGUAUUUCCAGUAGCCCUCGUUAGCAUUCAAUCUCUGGACUGAGUCAUCAAGUAUAUGGCCUGGCACCCUAGGAUAAUUCAUACCACCCCUUGUAAGAUAAUGCCUCCAUAAACCUUCAUUUUGUCAGAAGCGCUGCAACAUCCUUGAUCUCAGGUCAUAUGCGUUGAUUACAAAGUCUGUUAGUUCUCUUGGUGUAAGUAUAUGUUUUAUGCGUCUAUCUUGCACAAGAUUAAACGUGCAUAGAAUACGCGUGACAUCAGGCAAAUCGUAUUUACAUGAGCCUCCUUUGGUCGCAGACGUUAUUAUUAUGGACGUUGCAGAUUAGGUUUAGUGUGACUGACUGGGGACCACCAGAUGGCAGUCGUGUCCAAAACGUUUACUAUUACUUCGACGAAUUCUUGUUUACUUUAGGGGAAAUGUAAAAUGUAAUUACAUACAAUUAACGUAUACUGUUCAUGUAUAAAGGGUGGGCAGUCUCCCAUUGCUUUCUGUGAAAUACAGAAACAUAAUAUUGUUUACGCGGCAUUCUAAUUCAUUACAAUGUAGGUUACUUUUGAAAGUAUAUGGGGUUAUAGGAAGGGGGGCAUUGACAAAAUGUUUUAGAUUUUCUGCAUUGUUCUGAUAGGCUGAAACUUUGCUGGUUUGAGACAAGCUUUUAUGAACCACCCCUCCCCUCCCCCCUUACACGGGCUUUCAUAAUUCAGUCCAGAAGCUGACCAUAACGCAUUUGCCCUAGGCUAAAGGAGGUUCGAGGUCUAUUUGAAAAUAUGAAUACAAAUUAGUCCGUGGUUGAUCAGGUUGACAUUUUUUAAAGAAUUGAUAACUUUUUCUGACUGUUAGACCUGAAGCCUCAUUCCCAGGAUAAAUAUUUUUGUAAGAACUGAAUAAUUUUUCCAGCAUUUUUUUUUUAAAGGAUUGAGAAGUAUUUAAAAGAAUUCAAGGAUUUAACCUUUGUGAGGCAUUUCUACAGUAUGUCUCAGAGCUGUCGGUUGUUCUGUGGAUGUAUGCUGAGUUUUAUUGGUUGGAUUGGACUCAUAAUUGCCACCGCCUCUAACGACUGGGUCAUAACCUGCAAGUAUGGCAUGCACACUUGCAAGAAGAUGGAUGAACUAGGUACCAAAGGGUUGUGGGCUGAAUGUGUGGUUUCUACCUCCCUUUACCACUGCACAGCUUUGAACCAAAUACUGGCCUUACCUGGUUAUAUUCAGACGUCCCGAGCGCUAAUGGUAGCAGCAUGCAUCGUUGGCUUCCCGUCCUUGGCGCUGGUCAUGAUGGCCCUGCCGUGCGUCAAGCUGGCUAAUGAGUCUGACGGUGCCAAGCAUAAACGCGCAAUUCUCGGAGGCAUCCUAAUUCUGUUAAUGUCCCUGUGUGGAAUGGUGUCGACUGUGUGGUUCCCCAUCGGGGCGCACCGUGAGGAACACCUCAUGUCCUUCGGCCUCUCCCUGUACUCCGGCUGGGUGGGCUCAGCGCUCUGCUUCCUCGGCGGGGCGAUGAUGGCCUGCUGCUCCGGCGGAGGGGGCCAACCCCAGCACCACCACAACCGCUUCUACUACUCCAAGCAGAGCGGCACGGCCAACUCCAUGCCACCGGCAGCCAACCAUGCCAAGAAUGCCCAUGUGUGAGAAGGAGAAAAACAGAGAGAGAGAGAAGAGAAGGAGGGACGCCUCUUGGCAAUCGAAAACAGACCAGCAUCUUACACCAGAGGAAAAUCACACAGCAAGCCAAUUCUGACCUUCAUCUCAAAGAAGACGAGGGAUGAGACGAGGGAUGUUCAUGAGUUCCCAGAUCUCCACGGACCUGACUUGUAAAUAUGGACCACUACAUGGAGUUUAUGUUUGUUAGUUUAUGUUAAGUUAGUUUUUUUGACCUUUUAUAUUUCUACUCAUAUGAAAAUACAUUAUUACUCUCUAGAUGUUAUGGUACCUGUAUGAUUUUGUGUUUUUUAGAGAAGCCUACAUUUAUGUAUGAGCACCACACCCUUCCAUGCUUCCAAAUGGCUUGUCACACUGCUACACUGCCAUGCAGGAAAUGACUGGGACAACGCAGGGAAGCAUCCCUGUCUCCCCCAGUAGAGUUCAAAACUCUUCCCCCCGUGCCGAUGGGGGAGCAGAUGAGUCGUACGUCAGAGAGACGGGAAACCACAC